ACAGAACUCGGGUGCGCGCGACGGGCGGCAGCGCGCUCGGCCCCGCGAGCGAGCGGGCAGGCAGGCAGGCAAAGGAAGAAGGGAGCGCGAAGGAGAAGCGCCGAGCUGGAAGCGGAGGGAGAGGGGCAAAGGAAGGCUCGAGGAAUUAUGGAAAGGGUGGCUCGGCGGCCGUGGCUCUCUCCCCUCAUCACCGGCUGCAGAGUGCCGGCGCCGUGCAGGCUCGUCAGGGACCGCAGCUCCUUGCUCGUGGCUUCGCUCUUGUUAUGGCUCCAGGCUGGUGGCAGCACAUCUGAUGACCAGUUCUCCAACCACACAUCAUCAUCAAGCAAGAUGCUUCAACAAAGUUUGGGACUGAAUGACUCAUUGAAUACUUCAUUGUUAAAAAAACAGUUCAGCACUGUAAAUACCAGCUCUGUGCAAUCAGCUUUGCAGUCAAGUUUGAAUCUGAGAGAAGAGAUCCAUCAAAACUUUGAAGAGACCACAACACAAGUAAAAGACAUUAGCUCGUCAGGAAAGGUUGUAUUCUCUGAUUACCCGGAAUCUUUAGCAGCUUAUAGCGACCUGGAAGUUAUUCCUGUAUCAAUAUCUAGCACCACAUUGGUAAUGGAGGAAUACCAACCAACAACACCACUGCCUUCGAUCAUGGCAGUAACAUCAGGAAUUCCUCUUAUCCAGUUGUCAGACCACUCUAUCUCAUCAUCCUUUUUCUCCACUUCCAUCUUGGUUCACCCAGUAUCCUUUCUAAUAAAGUCUGACAUUCCUAGUCUGGCAUCAAGUGAACAAUCAUCUGAAGCUGUAAGUUCAUUAUUUUCUUCAUUUUCGGUCAGUAACUAUGGUAAAUGGCAGUCCACCAUAAUUAUAGUAUCAACAGAUCGGCACAGCUUGGAGACAGUGAAGGAUUACAGUGAAACAACUGUGCUGAAUUCUAUUGACAUGACAAGGAACCUUGUUAACAAUAUGGAAGGAGAAAAUGAGUUGUCACCAAUUUCAAAUGACAGUGCAUUCAUAAGUAGCACAGGAACGUUUGAAAACACUGGAGCAUUUUCUAUGGAUCAAGUUGCAACUUUGGAUUACAUUGCCUUAACACCAGAACUUGUUUAUGCAAGUUCAACAUCUGCCUUGCCUUCACUGGCAACAUCUGAUAUUGCUUUAUCUGAAAGUAAUACAAUAAACAAUGCAGUGAUGCCAACUGAGUUUAAUGGGUCAACGCUUUCCAUUCAUUUGCUUACACCAUCCUCUGUGCAUGGAGCUCUACCUUCUUCAUAUGACUUGUUUCAUACAGAGGUUUUUGAGAAUGGUUUUGGAUCUGGUGAUGACCUGGAAAUCACAACACUCGGUAUAUCAAAGACUGCUGAGUUUGUUCCAACCUCCAGCUUGGUUAUUGAUUCAUUUGAUCCCGAUGUGCUAGAAUCCCAAGUCUAUGACACCCAUUUUCUAACAAGGCCAGUUCCACCUGUUUCCACCAGAUUCACAGAUUUGUCUGUGCCAUUGAUUUUCACAAAUUUCAACAGCAUCAGCCCUGCAUCUAGCCAUUCUUUAAGUCAAUUGCAGUUUUCAUCAUUUGAAAAUAAUUUAGUUAUUAGCUCAGUUACUCCUCUAUUGAUGAGUGAAACCCCAAUAUUGGUACCUACAGUUAAUGAAAAUUUCUCAUUCAUUGUAGCUGACUUGAAUCUGAAACCAACAUUAUCGCUGAGUGAAAAUGCAAGUUAUCCUCCGCAAGUUACCAGUCAUUUAACAGAUUUUUUAGUAAAUUAUUCCCUUGAACCGACUAGUGGGCUAGACUCACCAAUGGAUUGGGUUUCCCCUUUAAAUGUCUUGUCAACAGAAUUGGGCACUGUUCUGUCGACAGAGUACUUGAGUUUAUUUGAACAACAGUUAGAGACUUCAGCUAUGCCUGAGACAACAUCUCUUGAAACAUUAUUUAGUAUUUUAACUCAAGAAUCCUCAUUUCUAGAAUCAGAGCCUACAAUGUAUUCACUGGCAGAAAAUACUAAUAGUACAAAUAUAGUAAUUCUUGAAUCUUCAUUCAGCAAAGCCUAUUCCAGUAGUGCUUCAGAAAUGACUUCUUUCUUUGAGAUUAUUUCACCUUCAGUUGAUGUGUUACAACCCACAUUAAUGCCAUCUAUUUUUGAAUCAAUUUUCACUGCCAAUAGCACCGCAAUAGUUGAUCGCACUACUGAAAGUUUAGAGCAAACUUUUCCAAGUUUCAUUUUAGUCAGUUCCAGUUUUCCUACUUCAGCAAAUUCUAUCGCUGCAGAUCCUUUAAUUGCUCUGAACUCUACUGUUGAAAUGCCGUUUUCUUUUUCUUCCACUUCAACCCCACAUACCUUUCUAGAUGUUCUCCCAUCAUCUACAGAGACACUUUGGAUUUCUACUUCACUCCUGUUGACUCCAUCUCCCCCACCAACUGAAAACUCUUCAUACCCUAACCAUGUGGAAACAUUGCCUGCAACAACUAUCAAAAUCCCAGGCAGCAAUCUCACAGCCACUCCAACCAGUGUCACCACAACUGCAGCAGCCAACAAUAUUGAUUCGAAACCUACUCUCCCCAUGACAACGAGAGCUACAGCUACUGCAACGACCAAGAAUUUUGUGUGUGAUAUAAAUGAACCUAAUUCCUACCGCGUGAGAGCAGUGUUUUCUGACAAGGUGACAGAUGUGGUUAGCAAAAUUAAGGAUGUACUGAGCCAGCAUUUCAAACGGGACGUGGAACUUCAGGUUAUUCAAAAGAAUCAAGAGUUCAUGUUCAUGGUGACGGCAGGUUCCAUUGUUUUCUCUGGUCCAGCGGUGCUCAAUUCUCUUUCCCAAACCACACUUGUUAGUGGCACCUCUCCACUUAUUCUUUCUCUCCAGCCAGCUCUGACUGCACCAGACCACCAGGCCCAUGUUCAAAUUGUUCUGCAAUUUGUCCCUCGUUAUGUUGAUGUGAGAAUUUGCAACUUCACUCAGAGAAUUGAGAAAGGACUGACAAUGGCAUUUGCAGAAGUGCGUCGAAGGCGACACAAAACUGAAGGCUUUGCUGUCCGGAUUAUAAAUGUUACCGAUACAGUGCAGAAUGUGGGAGGAUUGCGACAAGGUCCUGUUAAUAUAACAUUCGCUAUCUACAGCCAGCGUGAAUUUCUGAAUGGCUCUGAUGUGAGCGAUUUGCUGCGGAUAUUGAAUCUCGUGGAGUUUAGUUUUUAUCUGGGUUUUCCUGUCCUUAAGACAGCUGAGCCAAUGUAUUACCCUGAACUUAACAGGUCACAUCUACUGAAGGCUUCUUGGAUAAAGACAGUACUUCUGGGUGUGCAUGACAACCAUAUACAGGACAAGACAUUUCAAGCUGAACUCGAGCGAAAACUAGCCCAACUUAUCAGUGAGGCAACUGGGUCAGCGAAACGUUGGAAACGGGCUAGCACCUUGGGGAAUAACACCGUUCAGGUUGUGAAUAUUACGAAGGUUACCGGUGAUGGGAGCCCAGCUGAACUAAUUUACUUUGUGGAGAAGCAGAAUGGGGAGCGCCUUGAUGCAAAUGAAGCAGCCAACCUCAUCAACAAAGUAGAUAUACAGAGGGCAGCAAUUGUUCUAGGCUAUCAAAUACAAGGUGCAUUAGCACAACCUGUGGAGAGAGUGGCCACCUCAAUCCCAACUGAAGAAAAUAAGAAAUUGUGGAUCAUUGUGGCAGUGCUGGUACCUGUGAUUGUGGUCAUCACCAUCAUCGUGAUUCUGUACUGGAAGUUCUGCCGAACAGACAAGCUGGAGUUUCAACCAGACACCAUGAGCAAUAUUCAACAGCGGCAAAAACUGCAAAUACCAAGUGUUAAAGGCUUUGACUUUGCCAAGCAGCAUAUUGGGCAACAUGGUAAAGAUGACAUACUGGUCAUCCACGAAGGUCUGCCACUUCCCUCAGCAAAAGACAACUCGCCAUCUGAGAACGGUGAUGUAUCCAGUCCUCAGCCAAAGGCAGUCAAACUCUCCAAAGGGCUUAGACAGAGAAGUAGAGUUUCACCUUCAGAAGCUGAGUCCACAGCCAGUGAGCAAUCGAGUGGCAGAGAAUCUGUUGAAGAUAUUCCAAAAAACACUGCAAUUCCUAAUAGCGGUGGCAAUAGACACAUGGCGAUCAGAAAUGAAGCUCCUCCGAUUCACAAGUCUGAUGGACAGACUUCCUCUGCGUCCAUUUUUGACCAUGUUGAUCGGAUGUCGCGCGCACCUGAGGCAGGCAAGCGGCUACCUAGCAAAAUUCAACUGAUCGCCAUGCAACCUAUUCCAGCUGCUCCUUUGCAGAAUCCAUUACUUCCUGAGCGAGUGGCUGAAACAAACAAAAUCAAUAAAGAGGUUCAGAGAGCUUUGAGACAGAAAUCUGAAAUCGAACAUCACCGCAAUAAGAUCAGACUCCGAGCUAAAAGAAAAGGACAUUAUGACUUCCCCAUCAUGGAUGAAGUUGGUACCAUUGAAGCAAAGGAACGACGCAGAGUCUACCGCAGGGCGCAGGUUCAUAUUGAUAGGAUCCUCGAUCCCAGUGUUGAUGCCCCCUCUGUCCCUCUGGAACCUCGGAAAAGUUAUCGUGGUAAAAGAUCUCCCCGGCAGAGACGGAGGCAUCAGGUGAAUGGCAACAUGAUGGAUGCAGAGAAAGAUAGGCUGAUAACCACAGAUAGUGAUGGGACUUACAAACCACCAGGAGUGAACAAUGCAGCCUAUGUUUCGGACCCUGACCUGCCUCCGGAGCCUAGACCUUACACUCCAUCACACACUCGCCCUCCCCCUCCCGCUCCCCCACCGUACAUCCCGCCACAACCAUCCAUUGAAGAGGCAAGGCAGCAGAUGUACUCUCUGCUGGACGAUGCAUUUGCUUUGGCAGCCCCAGGUAGUCCUGGAAAAGUCUUGUCAGCAGUGAGCCUUGGUCAGCCAGCCACCAGCACUCCCAUCAGGGCAAGCAAAGUUUCAGCUAACAACCACUGGACACCAGUGUAUGAACAACCCCAGAGUCUCAGCAAUCCAUAUAUAACGAGGUAUGAAGAGACAGGACCGAACCAAUCUUCUGCAGCAGGCCAUCUGCACAGUUCUGGAUAUAUUCGACCAGGGGACGAGAUGAGACAGGAGCAGUCUCAGCAGGAAAUCCUGUACUCAAACAGAUCCAUGUAUGCUGAGGAAUUUCAGACAAGACCUGCGGGCAGCAAUCCUGGAAUUCAUAUUUAUCCAGUGUCACAAAGUCACCUAGAUGGCAAAAUGGGGGCACAGCCAGGGCAGAUGCGUGUUGGAAGACCUGGACCACAAGGAAUUGUGGGAUGGACACCAUAUGGUACUGAAGAUGGACUGGGGCUUAAUGCUCAUAGCAGAGAACCACCAAGUCCCCGAGGGCACCAGGAAUAUGUGUCACCACUCUUUCAAAUGCAGAGGACCUCCCUCCGUGAUCCUUCCGCACCAUCCUUGCACUUGCAGCAUUGCAAUGCUCAAGAACCUGGAGACAGCUUUCGCUCCAACCAGGAUGACCUGAUAUCUGGCCAGUCCUCUACAUCGCUCAUCAAAGCCAUUCGUGAAGAGCUUCUCAGACUUUCACAAAAACAGUCUGCAUUUCAGAACCUCCACAGCUGAUCUUGGCAAGGGGGAGCUCUGUGCUAUUUGCUUCCCAUGGAAGCCAACUGGAUAAAUCUGCAAUUAUAUUUCUGAAGAAGAGGCACUAAACGGUGAAUAGUACCACUGACAUGUAAAAAUAUUCAGCACAAUUAGAGUUUGUUUUAACAUUGUGCUUCCGAACCAAGCUGGCGCCGCCAUCGGUUUGCAGCCUGUGAGCUGAAACUAUCCAUUCUGUGGAAAUUAAACAGUAUUUUGUGUAGCUGAAGAUGGGUAUGAAAGUUGUCCAGGUAGUUGCUGUAAAAACUUUGUAAAUUUCAUUCAGCAAAGCAUGACCAAACAUCACCAGCAAGCAAAAGGAGAAAUUCCCUUUCCACGUUGGGUGCUAACUUGUCUAAUUUGGUUGAAUCCCAGCACCACUACCUCCCCGCACUCCCCCACCCCUCACCUCCCCUCCCCAUCCCCCAACCAAGCAUGAUUCUUACAGCCCAAUGAGUGCUGUUCUGUCUGAACUUUGAGAUGUAAGAAUUUAGGUAAAUAGAAUAGACAAGUUAAUCUCUAAACUAAAACUAAUGAAAUGGAAUGUGAGAGUAGACUGCUUUGAACAAUGCAAAGAAAAGACGGUGAAAUAUAUGAUGGAAAAAGAAAAAUAUUAAGUUUUGAGCAAUUAGACUUGAAUAGCUUUUUCAUAGAUGUGUGUGUGUGCAAGAUGGGAAUUAGAUUUGAGCAAAUAGGUCAAUGAAGGUUUGAUAGGUUACCUAUAGUUUUUCAAUUGAAAGUUGAAGAGAUGUAGCUUGGACAGAUAUUAAAAAUGUUAAGAAUAUGGACCAUGAUUAGCUGAUAUUGAGCAUGGGCUGAGUUGGAAGUCUAAAUCAGAUAGAAUAAUGCAGUUCUUAAAAGCAAAAGAAAAUUAUGAUAUGAAACGUGAUGCGAAGGUCUUUGUUUGGAGUGCAUUAUUAAUGGAGUUAGGUAGAAAUAUCAUUGUAUGUUGAUUUUGGGAGAUGUCUGAAUAGAGAAUAACAGGUGUUUUUAAUUCUUUCUGGAGAAGAGAAUUGGAUGUAAUAAUUGUACUGGGUUGGUUGAAUUUCAUUGUACAACACUCCUAAAAUGGCACAAAUGCAUUGUUCUUACACACAAUGUCUUCAUAUCCUACCAAAUCAGCACAUGAUCCCAUUUUGUAUAUCACUACAAAAAAAAGACUUAAUGGAGAAUCAUUGCAAAUGGCUGUAACAUAUCAACAGCACCACUUGUCUUACUUGCUUUCGCUAAUUACUUACCAUUCACCAUAGUAGAGUGAGAUGCGAUGUACUUCCAUGCUGAAUGGGAUGAGUUAAAGGGAAUGUUUUGUGGACUCCAGGUCUUCAAUUAACCCUUUUCACUGGCACUCCUUGAAAGCAAUAACUGUGUUAUUAAGAUUGACCGUGACCAGCAUUACUGGUUUGCUGUGACUGACUAAAUCACUUUCUGUGCUUUCCAAGAAGGGUUGCAGGAUGUCUGACAGUAUUUUGAAGAUCAAAUUCUACGAUUCACCCCCAUUUUUACCUGGCCUUGCUUUUAAAAUGUAUGGGUGCUCCAGGCCACAGUCUUGUGAUUUUUAUCCUCGUAGCCAGUGUUUGGGUGCAUUCUACUCAUUUGUGGCCUUGAUAAUGACCAGUCUCAAUGGUACACUAAAUAUAUAGACUUUCUGCAAAUAGAACAGUCACAGUUGAAUUAAUAAAACUAGUGCAAAUCAUCUGGAUGAACUAAAGCAAAUUAUCAGUGGGCAUUCAGAAUUAUCAUUAGUGUUAUCCUUCUCUCCAGUGUUUUUAUUGGGUGAUGUCUCUUUUGUAACAAGCAAACUAUUUAGUGCCCAUUGCAAUAGUAAUCUGACUUUAUAAUUACCAAGAUAACAUAUAUCAAUCAACUGAAUCACAGACCGAACAAAAAGCUUUUCUGUUUGCUCACAAUAUCAUUAACACACUUGUUUCAUGUGUAUGCUCCUUUAUUGGGAAUAAGGUGUGGGACCUGUUUGUGUUCUUGUUUUUGUUUUGAUCAGAAAUGUUGGCAGGCCCAACAAUAUUUUGAGUUUUCUAGUUGUAUUUAUUUUGCAUGUCUUUCUACUGAUUGCUCUCUCGAAAUGAAAUAUGAUACAAUGUUUUUAUUCUGCAUGUUUCAUUCUGGUGUUAAUUCAAUGGCAAUGUUUAACCUUGUUUGUACUCUGCAAAGCAAUGUUAUGAUGUCCUUUCUGAAUCAAGUGAGUUUACAAAGUAUUCUUAUUGGUCAAAGUUCCCAUUUUAAUUAACUGCAUGAUAGAUCGUCGAAGAUGGCACACGGUAAAAUUGUCCCUGCAAGAGGAAUGAGUAUCAAAUAAUGUUAUAUUAAGAUGUCCAGAAAACCCAGAUGGUUGAUUCUGUUCAGUUUAACAUAUUUUCACCAUGGAGUGCAAUUGGGCCUUGUACCUGAACUGCAGCAGUAAAAGAUUAGCAUGGCAUCUGUCACUGUUUAAUGAUAUACCCACGUUUAUGAACAUUAGGUGAGAAAGCAUCCAGAUCACCUGCAAUGCAUUCCAUAGUCCAAUAGUUUGUUGAGAUAUUCUCACAAUAGAUGUUGUGAGGGAUCCAGGCCAGGAACCGUUUGCUAGUAAGUUUCAAAAUUCAGUAGAGUAGGAACGAAUUGGUUCAGGUAUUAUUUGAGCUAUUUCAGGUUUUUUUUUUCAGGCACUUCUACAAUGGGCAUCUGGUAUUGGUUUAUUAUUGUGUACUGAGAUACAGUGAAACACUGUUUUGUGAGUUAUCUAUACAAAUACCUUACAUGACUAAAUCUAAAUGCAUAUAUGUAUUUCAACAGCCUGUUGUUUCAUGGACAGAUGUGAUUUAUAUACAAUGAUUUACAGUGACUGUUACCCUUAUCUGCCAAGUAUUUUGUAUAUUAAAUUUGGGAUAUCUCACUCCAAGGAUUCCAAGACUUUAUGAUGCUCAAACUGCUUAUGGAUCUAAAGAUUACUGCACCCCAUGGCAAAGUCAGAAUAAUCUUUAAAUCAGUUUCUUAGCAUCUCAAGGAUGCCUUUUGUUAAAAAAAUGAAUUCAUAGUUACAUCAUGAUGGAACGGCACAUUUCACUCCUUAUCGUAAGAACAUUCUAAUGCGAAAGGUAUGAGUAACUUUAUAGAUUUCACUGAGUAAUAUAUCAUGUUACAUGCUGUGGCUUUUUGGCCUCUGACGAAUUAGCAAUUGGGGACCAGUGUACAUUAUUGUUUCUUACUAUAGACCUGGGGUGUCAAACUACCAACCAAGGGGUCCAAUUCAGCCCGAGGGAUGAUUUUGGGGGAAAAAAGUAUAUUCACAACCAUUUAUUACGUAUCUGUAUGGCAGCUGCUCUCUCUCCCUCGCCGCUCUCUUCCCCACCACUGUCUGUGCCGCCUGCUGUGUCGGCUGGGGUGCUCCCAUCACCCGCUCCGUGAUUGGCCCGCGGUUACCAUGGGGAUCGCUGACAAACAGACAAGAUGGCGGCGCUGAGAUCCCCUUGGCCUCGGGCUGGCUGACUGACGUUUACGCGUGCACCACUGAUCCAGUCCACAUUGUCGCAUUUUACCCAAUCUGGCCCGUGCCUACAAUGAGUUUGACAUCCCUGCUACAGAUCAUGAUUUUAUAUUUCCAAUUGUGAAAAAGUCAGAUCACUAUUGCCUUUUUUUCCCCAAACAAAUGCAUUGUCCAAAGAGGUGAUGGGGAAACCCCUUAAGGCUGUACUCUUUCUUAAGUAAUAAUAAUAUAUUUUAUUGUCAUUGCACAUAAGUGCAACAAGAUUACUUAUGCAUAUUGAAAACUAAAGUUAUAAGUGAGAGCUCGGUGUUUAAGAAGGCGGGUUACCUAAGCUGAGCAAGAUGUAUAGACAAGGGAUGCAACCUCUUUGUCUGUAUCAGCCUAGCUGAUCUCAACAGUAGAAAUAUUAAACUCUGCUCCUAAGCCAGAUAACCAUUCAGAUUCUUAAUGGUGAUCCAGUGACACCUGCUGGUAAUAUACAUGUCAGGUCAUGGGAAGAACCAAAUUGGAUUCAACUGUGAUUCUUUUUUGUGGUUGACUAGCCUAAUGAAUGUCUAGCAUAUUUGUAGCAUGAUUAUUUAAGUGAAGUGCAUCAGGACCUGCUCCAUAAUACACCUGCAAGUCUGAGGACAGGCACAAAACGGAAGGUAAAAUGACUGAAAUAUCACAUACAGGCUCCCAGUAUUUCAGUGUGUUUUAUGGGAGGGCACUUGGAUAGUGUUUCUAAUGCUCUAGCUUAAUAUUAGAUAUAAUUUAACAUUGAUUUAAUGAGUAGACAAAUCAAACAUCAUCAUGUUCCAAAGAUGAAAGAUGCUGUGGAUUUAAUAAAUGUGGGAUGCAUUUUUUGACAUCAGUAGCCAGCAUCUGAGUUCUCAGUUUCAUCCUGCUGGUUUAUUCUACGUGUGAUAGAUGAUAACUAUUCAAGCAAUUUCAAUAUAUAACACAACCAAGCCAACAUAUUGAGCAGGAUGUCAGGCUUUCGAUGUAGGAAGGAACUGCAGAUGCUGGUUUAUACCAAAGUUCGACACAAUGUACUGGAGUAACUCAGCGGGUCAGGCAACAUCUCUGGAGAAAAGGACCAGGUGACGUUUCGGGUCGGAAC